CGCGCGCGCACCGGGAGGAGGGGGGGGGCCGCGCGUUCCCCCCGCGCGCCCCCGCCGCCGCGUGCCCGCGCCCCCCCGCCUCGGGUGGAGGGGGCGGGGGGGGGGGGAGGGCGCCGUCCGCGCUCCCGCGGCGCCGCCUGGGCGAGCAGGGCAGGAAGAUGGCGGCCGGCGGCGGCGGCAGCGGCAAGGCCUCCUCGUCGGCGGCGUCGUCGUCCUCGGCGGGCGCCCUGGAGGCCUCGCUCGACAGGAAGUUCCAGGCGGUCACCAACACCAUGGAGUCCAUCCAGGGGCUGUCGUCGUGGUGCCUGGAGAACAAGCGGCACCACAGCACCAUCGUCUACCACUGGAUGAAGUGGCUGCGGCGCUCUGCCUUUCCUCAUCGAUUGAAUCUUUUUUACUUGGCCAAUGAUGUCAUACAGAACUGCAAGAGAAAAAAUGCAAUUGUAUUUCGUGAUACGUUUGCAGAAGUGCUUCCCGAAGCAGCUUCGUUAGUGAAGGAUCCAUCAGUUUCUAAAUCUAUAGAGAGAAUCUUUAAAAUCUGGGAAGACAGAAAUGUGUACCCGGAAGAAACCAUUUUGGCACUAAAAGAAGCUCUAAGUACCACUUUCAAAUCUCAGAAGCAGCUGAAAGAAACUCUGAACAAACAACCGAAUAAGCCGUGGAAGAAAUCUCAAACAUCUACAAACCCAAAAGCUGCUCUGAAGUCCAAGAUUGUCGCUGAAUUCAGACCACAGUCUCUCAUUGAUGAAUUGCUAUUAUAUAAGCGCUCGGAAGACCAGAUAGAACUGAAAGAGAAGCAGCUUUCCACUAUGAGAGUGGAUGUAUGCAGCACUGAAACACUUAAAUGCUUAAAAGACAAAACAGGAGGAAAGAAGUUCUCCAAGGAGUUUGAAGAAGCAAGUUCAAAGCUGGAAGAAUUUGUAAAUGGUUUAGACAAGCAAGUGAAAAAUGGUCCCUCGCUAACUGAAGCUCUGGAGAAUGCUGGUAUAUUUUACGAAGCACAGUAUAAAGAAGUCAAGGUGGUAGCAAAUGCUUAUAAAACAUUUGCUAAUAGAGUGAGCAAUCUAAAGAAAAAGCUGGAUCAAUUGAAAGCAACGCUUCCCGAUCCCGAAGAGUCUCCUGUCCCUUCUCCAAGCAUGGAUGCCCCGUCUCCAACGGGCUCCGAGUCCCCCUUCCAGGGAAUGGGCGAGGAGGAUAGCUCACGGUCUCCGGUUGUUGGAAGCCGCAAGACGGUGUCUCCAGAGCCUGUGACGGAUAAUCGGGAUGUGGAGGACAUGGAACUCUCGGAUGUGGAAGAUGAUACGUCUAAAAUUAUUGUGGAAGAGAGGAAGGAGAAACAGGCUGCUCCAGCCUCGGCACCUGCGAAGGCUGAAAGUGUCCCCAAAGCGGUGCCGUCUACUGCUGCAAUAGGUACAACUUCUGUGACGGUGACGACACCUGCCCAGACUCCCGUGACUCCUCCGACUCCGAAGGCGGUGAGCACGGCGCCAGUUCCGCCGUCGCCAGCGCUUGCUUUGCCGAAUCUCGCCAACGUUGACCUGGCGAAGAUCAGCUCCAUUCUUAGCAGUUUAACUUCUGUUAUGAAAAACACAGGUGUCAGUCCCGCAUCAAGACCGUCUCCGGGAACGCCGACAAGCCCGACGACUCUUACAGGCGGCUUGAAGACUCCUGUCAUGGGGACUCCGUCUGCUCCUUCGAAUCCUCUGGCAAAUAUUCUCUCCAAGGUUGAAAUAACUCCGGAAAGUAUUUUGUCUGCUCUCUCCAAAACCCAGACACAGACUGCACCAGCGUUGCAAGGUUUGUCCUCCUUGCUUCAGAGCGUCGCUGGAAAUACAGUUCAGUCGAGCGAAACUGCGUCACAGAGCACUUCAGCCUCACCAGCCAACACGACUGUCCCUUGCAUGAAGGGGAGGAAUCUUCCUACCAAUACUCAGCCCUUUAUAUCUAAAAGCUUUGGUUAUUCUCCAAACUCAUCUACUGCUGAGGUUUCUUCAACUUCAGUCAAUAAGGCUCCCAUCGGACAUACCCCAGGGCUUUCAAGUUCUAGUUUUAAGCCACCGACAAAUUCCCUGGGCUUUUCCAGUUCCCAUCCUACCAGUCCUUCUUCCCUCCUACCGACAGAGACUUCAAUGAGUCAAUCCUCUGAAAUUUCAAAGGCAAAGCUGGAAUCGGAACCUCCCUCUCCGAGCCUGGAAAUGAAGAUACACAAUUUCUUGAAGGGAAAUCCCGGCUUCAGCGGUCUAAACUUGAAUAUUCCGAUUUUAAGCAGCUUAGGGUCCAACAUUGCAACGGAAAGUCACUCGUCUGACUUUCAGCGUGGUCCUACUAGCACUUCUAUGGACAAUGUGGAUGGAACGCCGGUCCGCGACGAGCGAAGCGGGACGCCCACCCAGGACGAGAUGAUGGAUAAGCCGACGUCGAGUAACGUCGACACCAUCUCUCUGCUGUCCAAAAUCAUGAGCCCUGGCUCUUCGACUCCCAGUAGCACCAGAUCCCCUCUUCAGAGCAGAGACGACGGCUAUUCCCAAGAGCUGUCUAAUUCCGUGCACACCUACCGGCCUUUCAGCCUGGGCAGAGAUUCUCCAGCCAGCAUGUACAAGCAGUCUGCGGAUAGCAUGGAAAUACCCUCCUCUCUAAUGGACUCCUCUCAGGAGAAGUUUUAUCCGGACACGUCUUUUCAGGAGGACGAGGACUACCGCGACUUUGAUUACUCUGGGCCGCCGCCGUCUGCCAUGUUAAACCUAGAGAAGAAGCCCGCAAAGUCUAUUUUGAAAUCGAGUAAACUCUCCGAAGCUACGGAGUACCAGCCGGUUCUGUCUAGUUACAGUCAGAGGUCGCAGGAGUUCAGCGUGAAGUCGUCUUUCCCUCAGUCUAUGAGGUCUAUUCUCGAUCAGAGCGAGAGCUGUGACCCGCUGUCGUCGUCUCCAGGGAUGUACGGGAGUUACGGCCUCAGGGGGAACGACUCCACUUCGGAUGGCUCCCCUUCGCCCAGCAAGAACGACGUCUUUUUCGCACCAGACUCCAAUCAUAACAACUUACCCAAAUCCGUGGUGCACUCCGGCUUGGCGCAGAAGCAGUAUCCAGACUCGCCCCAUUCCCUCUCCCACAGGUCGCUUUUCUCUUCUCCAAACGCCCUCUCCAGCCCCGCGGGCAGAGCGGCCACGUCAAGCGUGGAGAAGUCCUUAGGCUCUUCCAUUUCCGCCACGUCGACGAUGGAGUUCAAGAACAUGCUGAAGAACGCGUCCCGGAAGCCCUCCGAGGAGAAGCACUUCAGCCAGGUCUCCAAGGGCGGCUCCGGCGAGGGCGUCGGCUUGUCCAGCCACGGCCAGGCCGGGGUCCCCAAAGGCGAGCAGCAGCAGGAGGAGCAUUACCGCAUAGAAACCAGGGUGUCCUCGUCCUGCUUGGACUUGCCCGACAGCACCGAGGAGAAGGGAGCCCCGAUCGAGACGCUGGGAUACCACAACGCGUCCAGCCGGGGCAUGCCGGGCGAGCCCAUCCAGACCGUGGAGUCCAUACGAGUCCUCGGGAAGGGGAGCAGAGGGCACGGGCGAGAGGCGAGCAGAGCGGGCUGGUUCGAGAUCGGCAACACGGGCAGCGCUUUCGACAACGGGCCCUCGAGCGCCUCGGAGCUGCCCGGCAUGGGCGGCGGCGGGGGCAUCGCCGGCUUCCAGGCGCAGUACAAGGAGCACGUGCCGCCGUUUCCCGAGAGCGUGAACAAUUUCCGAGCCAAUAACUUCAGCCCCGCUUUCGAGCAUCGCAUCCCGCCUCCCAUCGCGCCGCCUCCCCUGGAGCACGGGACUCCCUUCCCGAGGGAUCAAGUCGGCGCGCCCGCCGGGCCCCCGGCCGCUCCGCCCAAGGAUCACGGAGGCCUCUUCCCCAGGGAUCACUCGGUUCCCCCGCACAUGCCGCCCGUGGAUCACGCUAACCCCUUCUCGAAAGAGACGCCGGCCGCGCUGCCGCUGCCGCACGGCGUGCCCCCUCCGCCCGCCGCGGAGCACGGCGGCGUCCCCUUCCCCGCGCCGCCCCCGCCGCCCGUCCCCGGGGAGCAUCCCGGCGUCCCCUUCCCCGCGCAGCCGCCGCCGGCCGGGGAGCACGGCGCCGUGCCCUUCCCGGCCCCGGCCCUGCCCGUGGAGCACGGCGGCGGCGGCGGCGGCGGCUUCGCCAAGGAGCACGGCGGCCUGCACCAAGGGACGGUCAAGGAGCAUUUCGGCGCGCACCCGGCGCCGCGGGAGCACCCGGCCCCCGCGCCCCUGGGCCGCGGCCGCGACGGCGCCGGCCUCGCCUCCCUGCCCCGGGAGCAGCUGGGGCCCUCGCGCGGCGUCGGCCCCGCGCACAGGGACGGUGGCGGCCGCGGCAGCGGCGGUGGCGGCGGUGGCGGCGUCAUGAUGAGGAACCCGCGGCCCGACUUCCGGCCCCGGGAGCCCUUCGUGAACAGGGACCCGUUUCACAGCCUCAAGAGGCCCCGGCCGCCCUUCGGCAGGGGCUCGCCCUUCUUCGCGCCAAAACGCCCCUUCUUCCCCCCCAGGUACUGAAGCAGACCCGUCUCUGGAGUGAAGGUAUUUGGACGUUUUAGAGAGCAGUGCAGUAGCGCUUUCACUUGGGUUUUUUUGUUCUUUUCCUAUUUUUUUUCCCCCUAACCAGCCCCCGUAACGUUUUUUUUCUAAAUUAAAUGUUCUGUACUUUCGGGUUGUUUAUCUUCCAAGCCACCCGCUUGGCGUAAGAACUAGGAAGAGGGAAAAAAAAAAUGUUUUAACGAAAAGAAAUUUCCGAAGAGUAUUGCUGUUGAAAUAAAACUUCCAGUAGUAGUUUAAAAGAAGGAGAAAAAAGGAAAAAAAGAUCGAACGCGCGAUGUCGGGAUGUCGUUUUAGCUGAUUACCAAAUUGCUUUGCCUCGCGAGUCCUCUGAACCCAUGACAGAUCUAAAAAAAAGGAGAAAAAAGAAGGUGGGGAAGGAACUCUGCUACUAUUAAGGAAGAAUUAAGGGUCCAAGCGUUUGCUCUGGUGAUAGAAAUAUUAACCCUUCCUGUGCCUUUCUGUUUGGAUUAACCAGUCACCGCCGGCACUGGCACCCGCACCGCUGGUCUCCCUGCGACGCCGUGGGCGAUGCCGAGAGCGGAGGGGCAGGGCAGGGCGUCCGGUCCUCCGCCGCUUCCCACCGCUUCCGUCUGUCCAAAAAAAGCAAAAAAAAGGCAAAACUCCCUGCUCUCCGCGGCCGACGCUGUACAGUUCCCCCCCAGGACCCUUGAACUUUGCUGUUUGGUUUUGGAAACCGGGCUCGGGCGCGUGCGCGCUCCUCGGCUCCCCCCCGCUUUUCUGCCCCGAAAGACGAGGGAAUAAUUAAUGAAGCGGCUUCGGGGCGAGCGGCUGCGCGGAGGUGGGUAGCGGCCCGGCCGCGGUGGCAACGCGCCGCUCGCAGCCCUUUUCUCUUUCUUGUCUCUUUGCCCUAGAGCUUCACCGCACUGGGGGGAAAAACAAAAAAAAAAAAAACCCACAAAAAUCCUGUUUGUUUUUACCUGGGAACACUGUUGACUUUAUAUAUGUGUAUAUACCUAAUCACUUUUUAAUCGCAUCCUUUCCAUCGUUUGAGACUCGCAGACUGAAAGAGGAGAGGGAGAAGCUGCAUGCGGAGACGCCGCGACGCCGCCCGGCUCCCCCUCCGCGGCCGGGCGCUGGGGGCUUUUAUAUGAAGUUGGAAUUUUACUUGAUUUCUCUUUUUUUUUUUUUAGUUAGUAGAACACAUCAUUAUAUGUUUGAUAAAGGUGUAGGGUAAAUAUCUAUAUAAAGAUUACAACCUGAGAACGUGGCGGAUGACUUCUUUGUCGCGUGUGCUGGGGCCGUGUUUAUUUAAUAUAUAUGGACGUGUAUCUGUGUACGCCAGGGAGCGAGCGAAGGUUGCGAGGGUAAACGUUGCUGGUUUUUUUCCCUUUUUUUCUGGUUUUUAACCCUUUUUGCGGGCAGCGGCGGCGGCGCGGCCUCCAGCAGAUGUCAGUGCCGGCCGGCGGGGCCGCGGGCGGGCGGCCGGGGACUUUCCUGCCGCGUUGUGCAACCCGCGCGCGCGACUCACGCCAGCAGCAUUCGGGCCGUUUCCUGGCGCCCGCGACCGCAUCCGCUGCUCCCGCCCGGCCCCGCGGCUGCCGGCGAAACGCUCGGGAGAGGCGUGCGGAGCCCCGGGAAAGAGCAAGCGGAGGCUCCCGGGCGGCCGCUUCUCCCUGUCCCCGCGGGCCGCAGCGCUCGGCGUCCCCGGUGCCGGCUGCGUCUUCGCACCCGAUGCCGGCGCUCGGUCCUGGGCCGGGAAACCCGAAAGGUUUCCUUGGCUCUUGUCCCGGAGCGGCGGGACGAGGCUCCCGGCGGCCUCCAGCCCGACACCGCGGCCUCCCCUUUCCAGGGGGGCCGAAACCCCGCGGAGGGUCCGGUGCCCCCGGGCCCGGUGCUUCCCUCCCAUCCACGACUGUGAACGAUCUUUGCUGCUGCUGCUGCUGCCGGGCGCGACGGUGUCGAAGCGAGGAUGUGUCGCUGCGGGGCCGCGCCGAGCCGCCUCGAGAAGCCCAAGGACUUGACCGUAACCCAAACCCUACUGUAAAAAAAGGAAUUAACGGCGAAAGCUCCAUGUUUUUCUGUUUGAGAGGUUUUUUCAUUCUGUUCCGUGCUGUUACUUUAAAGGCGACGUCGACGGUAACCGAAGACGCAACUGUACAUAUGUAAAAACGACAACUUAUUUCUGGACAUGAAGGCGUUUUUUCUCCCCCCCUUUCCCCCCCCCGGCCGUGUCUGUGAUUUAAACCCCCUAACCCUGCUUUAACUUUUGUAUUUCACCUCGUAAGGAGAAAAGCAAACAGGAAAUAAACAUGUAUUUUUAAAUAAAGCAUGAAACGGUGUGGCUGGUGGAGGCGAUGGCGAUUUUCGGAGGCGGCGGCGCGGCCCCCGCACCCCCCUUCCCGAUUUAGCAGCCCCCCGGCCCCGUCCCGCCUUGCAAAGCCCCUUCGGAGACUGUGAAUAACCCUAAUUUUAUUAUUUUUUAACUCCCGCAGAACAAGCGAUCGCGUCCCGGAGCCGCCUCGAGCGUCAGCUGCGGUGCCGUUGUUGCAAAACUGCUGUAAAUACCCGCGGCUUUCUUAUUCCUUUUUUCCCCUUCCUUUUCGUGCCUGUUUGAGAUGAACUGGAUGUGUCGGGUUGCGGAGGGGGAACCGCAGAAACGUGUAUUAACGCAUUUAAUAAAGCAGCUCCUUCUCGUG